AGGAUAUCUAUAAUGCAAUUUUUCAACUACGUUAUGAGAAAAGGUAUGCAUAGGACCUAAAGAAAAUGAAAUUGUUAUAAUUUGUUUAACUUUUAUUUCCAAACAAAAAUUUGAUCAUGGUAAAAGGUUUAUGCAGCUUUGCCAGUCAUUAACGUGGUAUAAUUUCUCUGUUUAGUUUGGUUGCAUCAAACAAGAAUUGGUCUUAGUCUCUACGAUGUAACAGGACAAGGAUAUCUUAGAGAAUGUGUAAGCACAGAAAUUGAAAAUCAAAUAAAAAAAAUAAAUGAAUAUGCAGUACAUUAUGAUCGUGUAAAUUUUUGAGAGGUGUACACCCACCUGUGAAAAAUUAAAAAAUCUUUGCCCACCUACUGUAGGUGAAAAAUUUCAAAAUUUUCACCCACCUGUGAAAAGUUCCAAAGGUUUUGAAGUCGUUUCCUGCAGUAUUCGAGAGUAGUUUUGAACAGUAAUUCUGUCUUAUUUAUCGCCUUGUUUUUCCCCCAACAAACUGUAAAUUAAUUGCCAAUUCGUAUAUAUCUUUGUAGGAUCUUGAAAACUAUAUUCUGGAGUUAAUACCAACACUACCUCAGGUAUUGUAACUUUUUGACGAUGGUUACACCCUAACUACAGUCCAGACGAGGGUUACCCGAACUGCAGUGUAUUUAUUUGUAAUGCAAUUUUUGGCUUACAGUUUUAUUAUAUGUAACUUCAAAUCUUCUUUUUUAAUCUCCACUCUAGCUCGAGGGAUUAGAAAGAUCUUUCUAUUCGUUUUACGUCUGCACUGCAGUGAGGAAGUUUUUCUUUUUUCUUGAUCCCAUGAGAAAAGGUAUGUGAAUUUUGAGGUCGUUUUUACUACAUGUAUUCAGUUACAGGUAAACUACGGCAAGAGUUCCUCUUUUAAGGGCCGUUUAAACGGGCGAUUUUAGGGGCGAUUUUCUCCUUUUGGAGGAUGUGAAGGAGUGAAUGAGUUAUAAAUGUUCCAGGUUAUGAAAUCUCACAAUGACAUCAUUAAGUAAUCCACUCCUUCACAUCUUCCACCAAAAGGAGAAAAUUGUAACUAAAAUCGCAGCAAAAAUCGCCCGUGUAAACGAGCCUUUGAAUUCCUAACUUGAUUGUAAUUUUCCUGAUUAGGGAGCGGUCAUUAUGUAUGGCGGGGGGUGGCACCGAAGAGAAAAGGGUUGGGUGAACAUAAUUUUGAGUGAAUAAAAGGGUUGGGUAAAUGAAAAACAAAACAACUCAAGGGUUGGGUAAUAAAAAUGAAUUGUUAUUCCCAAAGCAUGAUUUACUCAAAUAUUGAAGACUAAAAGGCAAUGUCAACAGUCAUAUGUCAAUACAAUAUGUAAAUCAAUCAAUCAAUCAAUCAAUCAGAGUCACUCACUAUCUUCAUUAUUUUCCGAUUUCUCAGGAGGCAAAUGGUGUCUCCAAAGAAAAGUGUAUGUGCGGACAACAUGAAAUUUCAGACUGCAGAAAACUGCACAAGCGGCUUUCAAAUUCAUGUCACAUACAGUAAGUGGCAUGUGUGACAACUGAAUGGUAUCCUUUUGUAAAGUUUUUUGCCCAGGGGUGGGUAUUUAUUAAUGGUUGGGCAGAAAACAUAUAGUUUUUGGCCCAGUGGUGGGUAUUCAUUAAUGGUUGGGGCAGCAAAAUAUUUACCACGAAAAACAUAUUCUCUUUGGUGCACAACCCCCUGCAAUAAAUAAUGACCGGUCUCUUACCUUAAAGUUUGCAAAUUUGAAAAACUGCCUUGCAAAUCCCGUGAGAGAAUUUGCAAUGCUCCUAAAAGCCAAUUAGAGUUUUGUCAGUUCCUGUUAGAAGUUCUUAACUUCCUGUUACAAGUUCCUAACUUCCUGUUCUGUUCUGUUCGUUGUAAUAGGCCCUUUCAAGGUUAUACAGACGCCAUUUGCCUUGCAAAUUGACCUAUAGGGAACUACAUUGUUUUUGCACCUACGAAAAAUCAUGCAUCUUCAAUAAUAAUAAUUCUUUGCUAUAUUUAUUAUUAAGGCAAAAUAAAAAUACAAGACAUUCUGGCUUGCAGUUUCCUAGAUGAUUUAUUGGAGGUAGGGAAUAUUUCAGAAAAUUCUUAUUUCACAACAAAUAAACCCUUAAGGUCCAUACAGACCGAACGUGAUUCGACAACGCGACGCGAAUUUUCUGUUUCUAAAAACAAAUAAAACCGACGGAUAAAAAAUUUUACAAGAUAUGCAGACCAAAUAGCUAAAAUUGCUUAAGUGGUUCCGAAUAUUUGAAAAACAUUGAAAAAUACUGAAGUUAUAAAUGUCAUUAAAAAUCGAAAAUUCGCGUCGCGUUGCCAAAUCGCGUCCGGUCUGUAUGAACCUUAACGCUGGAACCCGGAGUGUGAGUUCAAAUGGGGCAGUAUCUCCUCUUGAUUUCCUUAAAACCUCUAGAUCAAUGGUAAUUAAUAUAAGCUUUCUCACAGAUUUUUCAAGAAUGCAAAAAAAUACCCGCAAAACUUUCAUUAACGUAUAACUUGUUCCAUAAACAUCUAGCUUCGUGAUGAAGAUUUAUCCAAAGAACAGCAAGAUUCCAACUGGUUUUCAGCACCAUCGGCACUGAGAGUUUAUGGUAAGAGAGCAAAAUUACAGUCAAUAUAUGACUCAACCUCUACCUCAGGGUCGUCUUCGUGAUCAAGGCUUGAAGUAGAGAAAAAAUAUGGCCUGCCAGUUUAAAGGCACAGUUCAGCCUGUUGAGCGAUGGUUUUUAAGGCACAUUUCAGCCCUAUUAAUUGAAAAAACUAACUAGGAAAAUCAAUUAAGCAUAAUUCAAAAUCAGUAAACUCGAUGUUUUUAACAAUAUGAAUGUUUUAAAAUGUUAAAAACAUUAAGAUUGGUGAUUUUGAAUUAUGCUUAAUUGAUUUUCCUAGUAAGUUUUUUCAAUUAACAGGGCUGAAAUGCGCCUUAAAAACCAUCGUUCAACAGGCUGAACUGUGCCUUUAAAUUUUUUUGUCAGGUGAAAUAAAUUUUAGCCUGCCAUUUUUAUUCAUGGAACUGCCAAAAUGGCAAUGUCUCCUAUGAGUCAUAUUGUAAAAACCAAUGUUUUCAUGAUAUGCAUUUUACUACAGUAAAAAUUCUUGUGUAAAAAUUCUAAAUGUAUUUAGUCAUCUAAAUAAUCUAGUAUACAGUACAUAUGAGUUGUGGCAAGCAAAUGAAAUGAAAUAUAUCUAUAGAAUUUCACCUGCCACUUUUUCUACUUUGGCGGUUCAAAUUUGUUUUGCCUGCCAUUUCUAAAAUAUGGCCCGCUUUUGGGCAUUGGCAGCCCGCUAUUUCGAGCCCUGUUCGUGCUGCCUUGGGGACGAGGUUGUAUAUGACUAAUGCGAAACUAAUGUCAACUUCUACGACAUUCUUUGUUAAACUGUUUCAUUUCUCACCAUAAAUAGGACAAUAUUUAAACUUGGACAGUGAUCACAAUGGCAUGCUAAGUAAAGAUGAACUUCUAAGGUAAGG